AUGAAAAAGACACUGGAUUAUGAAUUAACUUAAAGAGUCAGAUGGAAACAAGACAUUGGGUCCGUCAGCAAGCAAAAGUGUUGGGAAACAGCAAGGGAAAAACCUUUGCGUUUUCUUUUGUGUACAGAUGAUCCCACGUUUUCCGGUGUGUUUUGUGAAAACUCUGAGAAGCUUAUCAAUGUGCAUUUGUUUGCCCUGGCUGCUAAGUAUUAUUCUUUGUCCAACCUUGGAGUGUGUACCCCAUUAGAAGAUAUACUUGAAGCUCUGAAAGGAGACAGUCAAGAAGCAACAGGUAUCAAACCGGAUGAGUUUAUGAAUAAUAAGAAAUCACAUGAAGUGCAGGUGAUGUCAGAACUCGUAGACAACAUAGCAAAUUACUGUGGUAUAAAGCAGGUGAUUGAUAUAGGUUCUGGAAAAGGCUACCUGAGUUCAUUUUUGUCCAUGCAAUAUAACUUACAAGUUUAUGGAAUUGAUUCCUCAAACUCCAACACGAAUGGUGCUCAUGAAAGGAAUAGAAAAUUGAGGAAACACUGGAGAGCAUAUCAGAGUCGAGGAAGAGCAAACCUCAAAAGCCAGAGUUUGGAAAAGGCAAAUGACAGGCCAGCAGAAAGUGAAACUAAAUAUAAAACAAUCAAUGAAACACUCUUAAAUAAUGCUAACAGCCUUCAAAGUCAGGACCAAGCGAUUACCCAAGAUUUCAUUCCUUCUUGUGGUUUCACAGAAAUGGCUACAUCUGAAACCAGCAUAGAAACAGAUGCUGAUAUGGCGACUCGGACACAAUCUCAUGAGAGAAAACUUUCUGAAGAGGUUCUUGAUAUUCUAAACGUUCUGCCUGCUGAUGCUGUAGAACUUUCUUCUUCAUCUCAUUGUGACUGUGGGGAACUCUGUGAAGAGCAAAAAGUGCAAAGAAAAAUAACAUCCCUCAAGACUAAAGCAAGCAAGUUGAGUGAAUCAAACCUGUAUUUUCCAUUGACCUCUUGCAUCACUGCAGAAACAGAACUCAGUGACAUCAUAGCAGACCUGCAGAACUGUAUGAUUGUGGGUCUACAUACAUGUGGAGAUCUUGCAGCAAAUACACUACGAAUUUUUACUGCCAAGCCUGAAAUCAAAGCCGUUUGCAGUGUGGGCUGCUGCUACCAUCUGUUGUCAGAACAGUUUGAAAACCAAGAAGAAUGCUGCGACAAGGUGUGGGGAUUUCCCAUGUGUCAGUACUUGAAGGACAAAGGCUGGUGCUGUGGUCGCAAUGCUAGAAUGUCAGCAUGCUUGGCUUUGGAGCGAGUUGCAGUUGGCCAAAUGCUGCCUACAGAAUCAUUGUUUUAUCGUGCUGUUCUUCAGGUUAUUAUAGAAGAAAUUUAUGGUGUCACAAAAAGUGAUCGACAUGUUGGAAAAACUUUCUCCAAAUCAUCCUCCUUCAUAGAUUAUGUCAGAAGGUCUCUGAAAAAGCUGGAACUAGAUGAUUCAAAGCUCCCAGACAGCUGUAUAAUGGAUUACUAUGAAAAAUACAAGCACAGAAUGAAUGAGCUUGAAGCAUUUAAUAUGCUGAAAGUUGUUCUGGCUCCCUGCAUAGAAGUUUUGAUACUUCUGGAUCGUCUUUGCUACCUCAAGGAACAGGAAAACAUUGCCUGGUCUGGACUUGUGAAGUUAUUUGAUCCUGUGAAGUCUCCCAGAUGCUAUGCAGUUAUUGCUCUGAAGAAACAGUCAUGUUCUUAAGUGGAAGCAAAUUUCAGAGAGUUUGAAAAUUCUGAACUGAUACUGCUGUUUCCUCCCUUUUAUUCUGCUGUUUUUAAUUGUUUCCUCAAGUACACUGUUUGCUUUUCAGCUGCAAAAGAAAAUGCAAAGCCUCUUUGAACCUUCAGAAAUAAAUAUCUCCUUUUUAAGUGUGGUUGCUUCCUUAUGUCAGUUACUAAGCAAUGUUGAACAUCUGACUUUAUUAUAAAAGUUACAACCCAUACUAUGUGAUUAUUAUUUAAAAUAAUGUUUAUGUUUCUUCUUUGUGAGGCAUUAUGCUUAUGUAUCAAUAUCUCUUGAUAUUUCUAAUCAGAAGAUUAUACUUUCUCAGUGGCUGGUAUCAGCAGUCUCAGACUAGGCUCACCAUUUUUCUUUUCUGGAUUCAGAUGGUGCAGAAUAUAAACAGAAGAAUAACCUUCACUGUAAACAAG